GUUUGAGAUGAGCCAAAACCAAGGUGUCAGCUGGGCUUAUUCCUCCUGGAGGCUCAAGGGCAAGUGUGCUCCCCGCAUUUUGCAUUUUCCAGCCUCGGGAGGCGCCUGCGCGCCUCGGCUCGCGGCCCGGCCCUCCACCACGAAGCACACGCUGCACCGCUCGUCUGCAGUUCCAUCCGCUUCCCUCCCUCGGCUCCAGCCGUCCCAUUGUCUUCUCCGACGUGCCCUCCGUCCUCCCUCUUACAGGGUCCUGGGAUGACCCGGGGCCUUCCCCGAUUACCGGGGCACUGUCCCCCAGUCCCGAGCCUUAACUUAAUAGUAUGUGCGAAGUUCCGGUUGCCCCGCGAGGUGACACAUUCACAGCUUCUGGGGAUUAGGACGCGGGACCGUGGGGUGGGGGGCAUUGUUCAGCCCACCGCAGUCUGCCCUCUGGUUCCCAGGGUCCCAUUUGCCCCACGUGCCAAAUAUUCACCCCAACUCAAGGUCGCCCAAGGUCUCAACUCAUUACAGCAUCAACUCAAGUUCAAACCUCCUCCCCGUCUCAGCAGCUCAGGCUUAUCAAAUCUCAUCACAGGAAUCACCAACAUUAGGUACGGGCGAGGCUCCCGCUAGGGAGGGGGCUGGGUGGGACGACAACGGCGUGGGCGCUGGGCGUCCCUACGGGAGGGCGGGCGGGCCGGAGCUCGGAGACCUCUCAGCAAAGGCCGCCUUCCCGCAGAACCCUGCCCCGGACUGCCAGGGUCCCAACUGCUUCGACACAGGGCGCCCCCAUCACAAGAGCAGAGACGCCAGCCACCCCGCGCCCAUGCUAGAGACAGACAAGCCGAGGCGCCCGGGGCCCCCGGGGCCAAGACCGUCGGGGCCCACCCCUGGCCGCCCCGCUUUCUCCAGCCCGCGCCCCCGGGGCCUCCCGCGAUACCACUGAGAAAAGAGUGCUCCGGGUGCCUAGAGCGUCCCGGAAGUGGUGAGGUGUUGGGGGGCGUGGCCCGGCGGAGGGCUGAGCGCGGCAACUUCCGGUGGCGGUGUCCGCUCCGGGCCCGCAGUUCCCACUCGGGAUGCGUGUGAGGCAGCGCCUCAAGCCCCGGAGAGCGGCGCCCUGGCUCCGACAGCGCAGCCGGCUAGCCCGAGCCAGCUCCCGGGGCCCCGCCGCUCUGGUCUGUGCUUGAGGGGAGGAGCCGCCACCGUCCCGCAGAGAAGGCUGCCGGUCUCAACGGUCUCAACGGCGUGGAGAAGCGCAGGGGGCGGUGUGACUCGACAGAGGUCCAGGAGCCAGCGGCGUCGCCAGGAGUGGAAGACAAGGGACAGCUGAGGCGAGAGGUCACUGGACCAGAGAGGCACAGAGGCCUGCCCGCGCGGGCCCAGCCGCCCCCCUCCACAUGGCCUCCAAGCCGGCGGCCGGGAGGGGCCCGGGGGCGAAGCGCAAGAGGGUGGUGCUGACGCUGAAGGAGAAGAUGGACAUCUGCGCGCGCCUGGAGAAGGGCGAGAGCCGGAAGGCGCUGAUGCAGGAGUACAACGUGGGCAUGUCCACGCUGUACGACAUCAAGGCCCACAAGGCGCAGCUGCUGCGCUUCUUCGCCAGCUCCGCCUCCAACAAGGCGCUGGAGCGGCGACGCACCCUGCACACGCCCAAGCUCGAGCACCUGGACCGGGUGCUGUAUGAGUGGUUCCUGGGCAGGCGCGCCGAGGGCGUGCCGGUGUCAGGCCCCAUGCUCAUCGAGAAGGCCAAGGACUUCUACGCACAGAUGCAGCUCACCGAGCCCUGCGUGUUCUCCGGCGGCUGGCUGUGGCGCUUUAAGGCCAGACACGGCAUUAAGAAGCUGGACGUGUCCGGCGAAAAGCAGGCAGCCGACCACCAGGCGGCCGAGCGGUUCUGUGGGUUCUUCCGCAGCCUGACCGCGGAGCACGGCCUGACGCCGGAGCAGGUGUACAACGCCGACGAGACCGGCCUCUCCUGGCAGUGCCGGCCGGGCCCCGAGGGCGGGCCGGCGCCCGGGGGCAGGCAGGGCAGGGACAGGCUGACCGUCCUCAUGUGCGCCAACGCCACGGGCUCCCACAGGAUCAAGCCCUUGGUGAUCGGGAAGUGUGGCGGCCCCCGGGCUCCCAAGAGCACCCAGCACUUGCCCGUGGCCUACCGGGCUCACGGGCACGCGUGGGCAGACAGGGCGGUCUUCUCGGACUGGUUCCGCCACAUCUUCGCCCCCUCGGUGAGGGAGCACUUCCGGGCCCUGGGCCUGCCCGAGGGCAGCAAAGCCGUCCUGCUGCUGGACGGCGCCCGCGCCCGCCCGCCGGAGCCCGAGCUGGUCUGCGGCAACAUCCGCACCGUCUUCCUGCCCGCCGGCGCCGCCGCGCUGCUGCAGCCCAUGGACCGGGGCAUCCGCCGCGGCUUCCUGAGGCGCUUCCUCGGCCCCCCGGCCGCGCCGCAGGGCUCGCCCCCGCGCCACGGCGUGAAUGACGCCCUCUGCAGCGUGGCCUGCGCCUGGGACGCCGUGCCCGGUGCCGUCUUCAGCCGGGCCUGGAGGAAGCUGUGGCCCGCGGCCGCGCUGGCCGAGGACUCGUCUUCCGAGGAGGAGCCCGAGCGCCUCGGGGCCAGGCCGCACGACCAGACCUUCGCUCACGUGCUGGAGCUCGGGAGGGAGGCCCGGUCCCGGCUCCACGGGAGCGUGGCCGCCGAGCAGGCGGGGCCGGGGCUGGGGCCGGGGGCCGGAGCGGGGUGCGCGGCCCAGGGCCAGCCGGAGCAGGCCCAGAAGGACGGCCAGGCCGCAGCCCCCAGGGAGGGUGAGGAGGCGGCCUGGGAGCAGGCGGCCGUGGCCUUCGACGCGGUGCUGCGCUUCGCAGAGGGGCAGCCCUGCUUCACGGCGCAGGAGCUGGGGCAGCUGCGUGUGCUGCGAGCCGUGUUCCUGCGGCAGCGGCAGGGGAGGCAGCGGCAGCAUCCCGCCCUCGGGGCCGUGGUCAAGCUCGAAGGCCCCCAGGAGCGUGGCGGGGGCUGUGCCACUGUGGGCCCCGCCCCGUGCACCACGGGCGAGGACUGAUGGCGCCCAGCGGGGUGGCCGAAGGGUGCCGGCUGGCGGGAGCUGCCCCGGGGACUGGGUGCUGAGACCUCGCGGCCCCCCGCAUCCUGGUUAACCUGUCACCUGUCCUGUCGUGUGACUCGAGGAGACUCUUUGGAAGUGCCACCCGACCGAAAUCAUCCUAGAGCCCCCCGGCCGGAGCCGGGACUGGUGGGCAGAGGGUGGUCUGGCAGCUGCUGGCUGGACCUCGCCCCUGCCACUUGUGCAGAUGUUUCUCCGCCCCAGCACUCCGGCCAGCUGAUGGCAGCAGCCGCCGCCGCUUGACAGGCUGGCCAUCUAAGGCCCCCCUUCCCCCCCCGCCAUGGGGUUCCGGCUCCUGGUCUGGUGGCUGCGCCUGUGUUAGGUGGGCCCCAGGGGCCGGUCCCCAGGGGCGGGGACUCAGUGGGUGACCUCAGGCCAGCAGAGUCCCUGCUUGUGUUCGCACGGGCAGCCUGUCGCCAGCCUGGGCACGUGCCCCCCUUCCCGUGUGAUCGCACUGGGGGGCAUGAGACUCUCCUGAGGGUCCCUCCCUGUCCCGGCAGCCCCUCUGCCCUUGGGCUCGGACCAGGGCGACCAGGGUGUGGGCUGCACGCCGGCCUGCCUGCACUGCUUCACCUAAAGUGAGCGGGAGCGGGGCCUGGACUGCCGGUCGCCCGGCGGAGGACCCCGGGCCCUAUGCUGUCCCCAGCAUCUCGUGGCAGCUGGAGGGACCCGCCGCCGUCACCGUGUGCUGUCCAUCCCUCCGGGAGGCCGUGGUUCUGAGAGAACCCAGGGAACACGAGCGUUUCACAGCUUUCCAGACGCGCGUGGCACGAGGCCGCGUGGCUGUGGCCGAGUGUCUUGCCCGCGUGCGUGUGUGAAGACGGGACAGGAGCUCGUGGUUUGAGUGUCCUCACUGCCCCCCCCCCCCCGCACCACUGUGUCAUCUUGUGUCACUUGCAACUCGCGCCCCUGCCCCACCGAAUCGCAGCCUGCGGGGUGGCGGGGGGUUAGAAGCGGAGUCUGGCUGGGCGGGUGGAGCUGGGGCAGGGCCGGCAGGCGGGGCCCCCCUCAGCCUGGACCCCAGGCCAUGGGCGCGUGUCACGCCCGCACGAGCCGCUGCUGUCCUGGCCUGUGGUGGCCGAUCAGUAAGUGCUGUCGGAGGGCCGGCUGAGCGGUGCCUGUCCCUGGGGCUGCUUCCAGGGCCGACCACCGCUGCCGCCACUGCUGCUGCCGCUGGGGUGCUUCAGGGCCAAGGGCUCGCCAGGCGGAGGGAGGUUCUCGGGGUGCAGGCGCCGGCGGGCCCUGCAAGGCGUCCUACAGGGCACUGGCUCUGGGGAGCACGGCUGUCCACUGGCCUCCCUGGGCUUCCUGGGGAGAGUGCCACACCGCUGAGUGUCCACCCCCCCCACCCCGCUGCUCUGCCCACUGCUGCCCCGUGUCUCGGGGGCUUAGGGGUGUUGCAGCCUCAGACUCUUUUCCCAAACAGUCUUCGGUGGGCCCACUGGACCAGACGCGACACCGAGAAGCGUGGGCCUGAGCCUCUUGGUCACCCUGCCAGCCACAUGGCGGCUGGAGUCCUGGAGGGGGCGCUGGCCGGGCAGCAGAGGCCGCUUGCGCCCCAAGGAAGAGAGCUCCGUCAGGCACCCUCCCGGGUCUGGGGUGUCUGGGCUGGGACUGGCCAGCACGGGGGUGGGGGUGCCCCCCCCCACAGCCUCACAGCAGCCUGGCAUGAGCGUGGACGGAGGUUAGCAGACGGGCCGCAGCAUCUGGUGCGGCGAGUGGGCGCCGCCCCGGGGGCUUCUGGAGGAGGGGGCCCUUCCUGACUGUUCCCACCGCCCCUCCCUCCCUCCCUCCCCCCUCUCUGGCUCCCAGUCCCCGAGUCCCAGCCUGAGCCUGUGGGGGGACCACACCGGGCCCCCCGCCAGGCUGCGCCCCAUCCUCCCCUCCGAGCCAGUCCCUGCCUGUGGUGGGGCGACGGGUUGCAGCAACAGCCAGCCUGUCGCCCGCACUCUGAUGAGGACACCGAGAAUCUCCCGCCUGUGGCUCUCGAACAGGCCACUGGCUCUCACUGCACCUCAUCGUUUAACCAGACAGCCACUUGCUCGCUCUCUCCCUGGGCGCUGCCCACGGAGGUGGCAGCCACCUCCUACUCGGCCCCACGGCAGCCCCCAGACCCCGCGUGACACCCAAGGUUGCCAAAAAGAGGACCAAGAAGUCCAUUCGGCACCAGUCAGGCCGUUACAUCAAAGUCAGGCGGAACCGGCGGAGACCCAGCGGCCCUGACAGUAGGGAGCGCAGGAGGUCCACGGGCCAGGUCUCGAUGCCCAGCGUCGGUGACGGGGGCAACACGGACACAAAGCACCUGCUGCCCGGUGGCUUCGGGAGUUCCCGGUCCCCAGCGUCAAGGAGCUUGAAGUGCUGCCUGUGUGCGACAACCCUACUGUGCGCAACUGCUCACGACGCCCCGCGAAGAGCCAGCCGCAAAGCCGAGGUGGACGGAGCAGCCCAGCUGCCGUCAGAGUCCCCAGUCCCCAUGCCGCCAGGCUGCGCAGUGAGGAAGACGGAUAGACAGAUCGUGUGCACACUGUCUCUGUGUUAAUAAAACCUUAAAGUUCUGAAAAAA